UCCAAUAUUUAAUGGCGAAUUAUAAUUUUCAGAUGAAUAUGGGAGAUGAGAGUAAGGUUGAGGAGAGCUUAUUAUCUAUAUCCUGGCAUGACUCUGCCUGGAUCCCGAUCCUUAAUCAGGCAAACGUCAUGGAUUACUUCUCAGAGAGAUCAAAUCCUUUCUAUGACAGGACAUGUAAUAACGAAGUGUUGAAAAUGCAAAAGCUCGGAGUAGCUGAUGUUCAGCUUCAAAAUAUGCAGGGAACAGAAUUCCAGUUGCUGCAUGUCCAAGAACCCAUUCUUUACGUUAUUAGAAAACAGACAAGACACUCCCCAACACAGGUUACUCCAUUAUCAGAUUACUAUAUAAUAGCAGGAGUAGUCUAUCAAGCACCUGAUCUAAGUACACUUCUAAACUCCAGGAUAGUUUCUGCUGUAUCUCAUUUACAAGGAGCAUUUGAAGAGGCCAGAGGAUACUCUAGAUAUCAUCCUUCCAGAGGUUAUUGGUGGGACUUUGGGAAGGAUAAGGAUAAGGAAAAGAAGGCUGCGAAGGUGCAAAAGAAGAAGAAGGAGGAGCCGAGUAGUCUCUUCCAGAGAAGAAGAGUUGAUAUGCUGCUCGACCAUCUUACCAGACAGUUUCCUUUCAGGACUCCUGCUGCCCUGGAGGGGAAGAUGGAGGAGGUGGAGGGUGAGGGGGAGAAGGAUGCCGAGGUGGAGGACCAGGAAGAGGAGAACUCUGUCAAGACCGAGGGGGUGAAGAGGGAAAGGGAGAAGGACGGGAUCAAAUCGGAGAAUAAACGGUUAAAACUGGAAAGAUGAACGUGGACGACAGUAUUAAAGAGAGAGUCAAUCAAAUCUAAAGAGUGAGUAAAAUGAAGAAAAAGCAUUAAAGUUAGAUGUCGAAUUGUUUAUGGUUUUUAUUGAAAUCUUUGUCCGAUGCUUGUUUUAAAGGAUUUUAGGAAACCCAUACUCAUUCCACAAUCUUCAGAGGCUCUUAAGUGCUGUACUACUCGAAUGGUUUAUUUUUUACCAGGCUACAUUUAGUUUUAUAAAAACCAUGUUUCUACCCAUAUCUUCUUUUAUUAUUAAACACCCCACCUUAGAGAAUAAAUUUUUAUGUUUUAUAUUGUAUUACAGAAAAAUGUCUAAAUUGCUGGGAUUAAUCGAUUCUGUGAAUGGGCUUCCCGACCCUGCUAAAAAACGGGUGUCCGCUGUACUGGG